AUGGAAGAACCUCCAGUUGAAGCUUGGUGUUUUGAUUUACUUUUAUUUUAUCGAAGUCUUGGGGAUGAUGACCCUCAAGCUAAGAAAAUGCUUGCAGAAUUGGAGGCAUAUGAAAGAUUCUCAUUUGUAGUUAAUGGAUUAAUUACUUGUUUAUUAGUUAGUUUUGGGCUUAUUGGAAAUGCUUUAUUUGUUUAUCAAUUACAUAACAAAUCCAAUCACUUUUCUCGCCGUCUAGCCAAACAUUUAACAGCUUUAUGUAUUUGGGAUAUUGCCCUUUUAUGUUGUUGCCUUUGCUCUUAUGGUAUUAUUUGUAUGUGCCUAGGUAUUUUACCUUUUGUUGGAGUAACUGCUUAUUUACUUUAUUUAUUCCAACCAUUUGCCAGUUUUUGUGUUACCGGAACUAUUUGGCAAGUAUUAGCAAUCACAAUCGAAAGACACAAAGCUGUUUCCCGUCCAUUAGAACAACGAACACGAAAAGGGCAAUUUUCUUUACGUUCAAUAUUUUCUUGUAUUGUUUUUGGGGCUUUUGCUUUGAAUUUUUUGGCUGUUCCUUUUGAAAGGGCUUUAAUUGACUGUUAUGAAUUUCGUUCUAAUGGAUUUGAAGUUAGAACAAUGAUUGUACAACGAGAAUUGGUAAACAAUCAGUAUUAUGCCAUAUUAUCUCAUUUAAUUCCGGAUUUAAUAUUCCGAGCGCCAACACCAAUAGUUAUUAUAGCUAUAUUAACUGUUAGAACAUUACAAAUAGCUAGUGCCCAGAGAACUGUUGGACACCAACAAAUAAUUCCACAAAGACAGAGAGCUUUGGGAAGGAAUGUUCAUUUAAUGUUGACGUUUCUGUCAAUUAAAUUCAUUAUUUGUAAUAGUAAGUUUUAA